CAUGUUUGCGUUAAUCGCCGUGCGCUGUUUACAAGUUCCCAAUCCAUGCGUAACACUUCGUGCUUGACAAGCAUCCUUUUUGCUGCCACAAGACCUACCCAAAUGGUUGAUCAUCGGCGUACAGCUGUCGUAGGCGCAGACGCUUUGAAUUUUCGACACGCAGAGAUUGGUAAUUGGAGACGGAAACGGGCAAGGACAAACACGACCCCAACCUCACCCCCUGUGGUGUUCCUGGUCAAGCCGGCUCGAGCCGCCAGAACGCAAGACAUGUGCUUGCUAGCAUUUUUAAUUGCAGCGAGCCAAUCCUAAGAAGAGGGUGCUCCACACAGCGAUGCUGCAUAUGAUUAAAAGCUGCGUUGCCGAAAAGGAAGGUUUCAAAGACUCCCCCUUCGAUUAUGGACCUUCGACCACAAUGCCGAUGAUCAAUG